GUCCAGCACACCCCAUGUCUCAUUCUGACUGCCAGAGUUUUAACUGGUCGAAACAUUACAAAUGGAUUACAGGAUUAUUGUAAGUUUCUUCAAAGGGUUCUGCUCAUUUUCUUUCUUACAUGACCAGGAUUCCAAUUUUUAGUUGAAAAUGAGGUUUUGUUUGAACUUUACCAGAGUUUUGAUGCUUUUACAACAUAAUAGUUUAGUUAGGUUUCAAAAAAAUAUUUUAUUUUUACAAGGAUUCUGAUCUUUUAUUAACUUUAAUGUUUUAUUUUGCAAAAAAAUUUGUAAAAUCAUAUAAUAAGGGUUCUCAGCUAAUUAUCUUGUAAGGGCCUAAUCUUAAUUGGCAUACAUCUACCCAAUAUCUGUUGUUGUUGGUCUCAACAUGAAAGUCAUCAUGAGCUCUAAAUACUAAAAUCUUCAUAUUUAAUUUUUUUUUUUUAACUUUAAUUGGAAGCUUUUAUUUCUUCAUUUAAAAUGAACAAUGCUGUUUAAAUUGUUUGAUACACUUGCCAUGACAUUGUUCCUUUAACAUUUUUAUUUUUUGGUAUAAAUUUACUUCGAUCAUAAUUGAUUUCAAUCAUCUUUGUGACAGAUGAUACUCCAGACCCUUAUGUAAACCUUGUGUUGAAGAGUUCGCCGGAGGGGAGAAAAUCCACCAGUGUUAAGGAAAACUGUACCAAUCCGGUUUGGGAUGAAACAUUUACUUUCUUCAUCAACUUUGAGCAGGCCAAUGUUAUUGGUAUGUAGCAUGAACUUUGAGCAGGCCAAUGUUAUUGGUAUGUAGCAUGAACUACAAUUAGAGCUGAAAAAAAGGAGCCGUGACCUUUUCCAAACUGACUCGUAGCCUGUUACAAACUGACUAAACUGGCAGAUAGCCUGUUACAAACUGACAGAUCCCCACAAACUGACAGAUGGCCCUAUUACAAACUGACAGAUGGCUUAUCACACACUUACAGAAGGCUUAUCACAAACUAACUAACAGUUUUUCUGUUCCAAACUGAAAGAUACUCAAUUAAAAACUGGCAGAUGCUCUAUUAAACUGACCAAUGGCUUAAUACAAACUGGCAGAUGGCUUAUAAUAAACUGACAGAUGGCUUAUCAAAAACUGACAGAUGACCUGUUCCAAAGUAACGGAUUGUCUGUUACCAACUGAGAGGCCUGUAACCAACUGCAAGAUGACCUGUCACUAACUUAUAGUCUAGAUUCUUUGCACUUAUUUCUUCCACCAGAAAUUAGUCUAAUGGAGUCCAACAUGUGGUUUGAUCAAAAAGUUGGUACAGCAUACUUUGACACUGUCAAUAUUAGAGAAAUGGAAAAACCUCAAGUCGAAACAUUUAUCUUUAAUAAAGUAAGUUGUACGUUUGUGAUUUUUUUUUUUUUACAAAUAAUUUUCCCCAAAACAACUGUCCCUUAUGAAGCAUAUUGCACUCAAUAAUAUUUUAAGUUAUUUUCAAUAAUCAAUAAAUCAUUUUUAUGUUGGAUUAAUGGGUUUAUUUUAGGAUGCACUUCAAUCAAUAAAUGUUGGAAAUGAAAGGCAUUUUCUAUAAUCAGUAAACCAUUUUUAUGUUUGAUUAAUGGGUUUAUUUUAGGAUGCACUUCAAUCAAUAAAUGUUGGAAAUGGAAGGCAUUUUCUAUAAUCAAUAAACCAUUUUUAUGUUAGAUUAAUGGGUUUAUUUUAGGUUGUACUAAAAUCAAUAAAUGUUGGAAAUGGAAGGUAUGAGUGCAACACUUAACACCCUCCCUUCCACACAUACUGGAAAACAUGGGGAAAAAAACCCAUCCUGGCAAUUACUCCAGGGGGCAGGUUUCCUGGAUGAUCCUUUGGCCUUAAAUAAUAGUUUAAAAUUUUCUUCAAAGUUUAGAAUGGGUAUAUUUACGUUGGCCUGUACACCCAGCUUCUAAAACCAUAACCUAAUGAAAUACCUAAGAAACAAACUUGACUUUUAAUCGAAUUUUAAUUUCUGAUGUAUACUUAACAAAAACAUUUUAUGUUGUCCUUGUCAGGAGUCUGAAGUGGACAUAGAGUUUAAGCUGGAGUUUGAGUAAGUCUUAACAACUAUUCUCAGACACAUUUCAAAUUAAUUGAGAAGGAUAAUAUUUAGACUAUAGAUGUAUCAAUAUAGUUGUUAAACAGAGGAAUUUUGUCAAACAGUUAAUGAUAAAUACUUGAAUUUACUAUGUUAGUAUAUUAAAAAUGCACCGUACUAUAAAUAAUAUGGGUAGAAAAUAAAUAUUUAACUAUUCUUUUUUUUCUGACAGCCGUAAUCCAACACUUCGAUACAGUUUGUGCCUGAGUGAUGCAGAGAAAGAAUUCAUUUCACAGAGGAAAGAGAAAAUCGUGGAAGUUUUGCAAGGGCUUCUGGGAGAAAAUGAUGGUCCAAUGAACAUUGAGCAGGUUAGAAGUCCAUAGAUAAUUAUGUUUAAAAAAAAAAAAUAAUAAACAUUAUCAGAUUCAACAGCUUUUGGUAAAAUCUACAGGGUGGGCCCAUUUUUCCCAUACAUUUAUGCUUCUGGACUUAAGGUUUAAAUCUGAUUCUUACUUCAAAUGAAAGUUUAACCAGCGGGAAAGUGGGCAGUAUUUUAAAACUAUUGGACACUCAUGAAAAAUUUUUUAAUUCCUAAAAUCACUGGGAUCUUAGUUUAUCACCAUAAUGAGUAUCUUUAAUAUAUUAUUUUAAUGUCAAGACUUUUACUCCUCUGAUGUAAAUAAUUUCAAAUCCUGUCUGUUUUUUUUUUUAAAUAUUUCUGAACAUUAAAAUAGUUUGUAGUUGUGUCCCUUGGAAUUAAAAUAGACUCUAAUCUAUCUUUAUGAAAUAUACUUUAAAUUGUUGCAUUUUUAUGCUAAAUUUUACUCAUAUAAUCUUCUCCUAAUUCUACCUCACCAUGACAUACAUUGAUGAUCGCAGGUGCCAACAAUUGCUGUGAUUGGUUCGGGUGGUGGCUUCCGUGCCAUGACUGGCUACAGUGGUGUGUUCAAAGCUUUGGUUGAAUCUGGUGUUUUGGACUGCACAACGUAUGCAUGUGGUCUGUCUGGAUCUUCAUGGUAUGUGGACCUUUUCAAUUUUUAUUCUGACCAAACAUUUUACACAUCUAUCUGCUCAUUACAGAAGGUAAUCAGCUGAAUGAUUUAAGUAGGGCCUAUAGCUAACACUGUGUCCGAGUGGUCUAAACUGAGCAAAUCUCAAGUUGGUGAUCUGGAGUUCAAUUCCAGCCAGAGCCCAGUCAAGCAAAAACACCACCAGCACCCCGGGUAGAUGGGACUUGUUAACGUUGGAUGGCAAGUCAUCUAAGAGAAGGAAACUCUGAAAUCAAACCCGGAGAUGGAGUCCCGAUAGGCGGAUAUCAUUGAUACAAUGAAACAUUCCUACAACACUGCGACGACACUGGUGCCAAUGAUGUUCCCUUGGGCUAUCCAGCAGCGUGGAGAGAGGCGAUUUGCUGUUGGGAACCAGCUUAUAAUCCUUGAAGAAUAAUCCCAGGCCAUGUGGAUUUUGUCCUCUGAAGCCCACUCUAUCGUCACAUUGUGACGGACGGAUGCCAGCAAAAAAAAAAAAAAAUAGCUAACACUGUACUAAAAAAAAAUCAUACACAUCGGUAUCACCCACUAAAAAAAACCACUCCAAAUUAUUUUAAUAGUUUAGCAUGAACGUUCAUUGUACGGGUAACUGAAUGUUAUUUAAUCCUACAUCUGUCACUGUGUUGUUCUCCACGAGAUUGGUGUCUUUUGCAAAAACUGAAUUCCCUCAGAUGAGUUUUCCUAAAAUAAAAAAAGAAUACUGAUAUGCAACAUUUUUUCAAUAAUCUUUUUAUUUUAAUUGUAUUUGCUUAUUUCAGGCUGAUCUCAACAUUGUACUCACACCCAAAGUGGCCGAAUCUUGACAUGGAUGACUUUCUGAAUGAGCUCAAAAACAGCAUUGAUAAAAGUUUGCUGCGUUUCUUCAAUGUUUCCACCAUCUUCAGUUAUGCCAAGUUCAUGGUACAGAAGCGAAAGGAAGGGCAGCCAGUCAGUUUCACCGAUAUUUUCGGUCGAAUGGUCGGAGAGACGCUUCUCCAAGAUGUAAGCCAAGUUUAUAAAAUGUUUCAAAAUAUAAUUACAGGUUUUAACUUCUCAACUCAAAAAUCUGCUUUAAAACAUUGUGAUACAUGAUUUUCUUCAUAAUUUGUCUACAAAUAAAUCCUCUCAUGAAGAAUGUUUUUUAUUAUAUGGAAUAGACUCAAUCAUCAUCUCCAGGAUAAUGUUAAUUUAAAAUAUUUUGUUAAAAACCUGAUAUCUAUCAGCUGUGCAGGAGACCCAGAGGAGGAGCUUGAGCCAAAGUUUCAAUGGCCAAAUGCAUGAAUGCUCUCCAUAGGAAACAUUUUAGACAGCCUGGUAGGCGUACUAUGUAUCUAUCAUUACUGAAGUGUGUUUGUUUCUCUCACCCACAGAGAAUGGAAUCGACAUUGACUGACCAGCGAGAGAAGAUUAAAGGAGGAAGUACUCCAAUGCCACUCUACACUUGUGUCCAUGUCAAGAAGGAUGUCCCGGCCAGGUCAUUUCAAGGUAUGUAUAGUCUUAAUUCCAUAUGAUGGGGUUUUUACAUAAUGUGUUAAGUUUUGCAAUUAAAUGCCACAGUACACCUCUGUAAUUAUAUUAUUGCCUUACUUCAUCAUGAGCUGAAAGUUAAUUUUGAAUUUACUUUCUUUCUCAAGAAUGGGUUGAGUUUUCCCCCUAUGAGAUUGGCAUGCCCAAGUAUGGAACAUUCAUGGACUCUGAGCUUUUUGGUAGCAAGUUCUUCAUGGGAAAACUUGUCAAGAAAUAUAAAGAAGAGCCACUGCACUUUCUGCAAGGUGGGAACCACUUAACUUAUUGAACUAUGGAAUCUUAUCACCAGAGUAAAUGCCCAAAGUUAAAAUUAUGAGAAUAUUUUUAAAAAAUACUCUUAAAAUUAUUUUCUUUCAAUAAAUCAUCCUUUUUCUCAUCAUGCAAAGAAUAUUAAUUCUUUGAUAAUUUUUUUUUUUUUAAAUACCGGUAUUCUUAAAAUUUGUAUGUAUUCAUUUUCUUCAAAAUAAAUCUCAUUUGCUUGUUUUCCUACACUAGGUAUAUGGGGAAGUGCAUUCUGUAUACUAUUUAGACGCCUCAUGGAAGACAACCGUCGACUUGACCCCCCUGAGAUGCUUAGACUAGAAAUGGACCAAAAACUCCAAGAGGAGGGUCAGGACAGCUCCAGUGAUCCGAGUGACGAUGAUGCUGAUGAUACUGAUGAUGACUCCAGCAGCAGCUUUGACAGCCAGGGUAGUGACACCGGAUCAGUUAAGCAAGUGGAUGUUACCACAGAUGGCGCCAAAGUCAGGGGAGUCAGUUGGAGUCAAAACAUAUUGCAAGAUUUAAGCCAAAAGGGCCACAUUGACUCCAGCCAGAAAAAUCAUUUUUCUUUUGAUGAAAUAAGUAACGAUUCUUCAAACAGCAACACAGGAGUCGAGACAGACUCUGUCGCUGACUCGGCUUAUGAAGGUGAAGGUGAGGAAGAAGAGGAUGAGCGUUCUCAAGGGAAAAGCUGCGGCAUCAUAAAGAAAAGUGUUGCGAUGAUUAUUGAACCCAAAAUUGAGUUUGAGAGGCAGCAAGGGCAAAGUGCACCUGAACACAAUGCAUUGAAAUCUGGGCUCAAGUCUCCUGGACUUGAAACAUCUGAUGGACUGAAGAAGUCCGUGAACUGGGGUGAGUGUCCAAUUCAAAUUAAGAAGGCUGAACACGCUGAUGGCAACCAGAGAAGGAAGGCUUUUGUCCGAGCUGGGUCAUCAUUUAAGAAAUCCAAGAGUGGCUCCAAGAGUUACUGGAAAAAGUUGAUGCAGGGCAUUGUUGAAAGGUAAAAUUUUAUUUGUAGUCACUGGUUAAAUAGUAAGUUUUCAUAUCUCUUCUUUGCCUUUUCAACUUACAGUGACACAUAGGCCAUUGACAAUUACUUUCCCAGCCUUCCUGUCUCUAGGUGUGCUCUCUUAUUCUUUCCAGCUCUUCCAGCCUUUUUUGACAUCUUUUCCCCAGGUGUUUUUGGGUCUUCCCUAGCUCAUGACAAAUAUCUCAUUUGUAGCCAAUGAUAAAUGUACUGGUACCGUAUCUUAGUAUAUUGGGAUCAAUGUUAAAAGAUCAUUGAGCUUUUCAUAGAUUUUUACGGCGGAAGACUUGGAAAUAAAGCCAAAAAAGCCCUACCAGGUCUAGUAAAUCGAUUUCUACAAGCGCCUAGUAAGAGUCUGUUGCUACAAGCACCACUGGGCCUAGUAACAGUCUGUUGUUACUAGCACCACUGGGCUUAGUAACAGUCUGUUGUUACUAGCACCACUGGGCCUAGUAACAGUUUAUUGCUACCAAUAAUUUUGUCACCCGUUAAGGGAGAAACGUUUCACAGCAUUUUUCAUUAAAUUGAUUGUUUUAAAAUGUUGCUUUUUUUCCCCCAGUAAUUCUUGGGAGCUGUUUAGCACACGACGAGGGCGGGCCGCUGUAAUCCACAAUUUUAUGAGAGGUCUGUCCCUGCAGCAGACUUAUCCUAUAUCCCCUUUCACCCCAGUGGAAGAGAGAGUGAAAGAAGGAGACAUGUUUGAUGGUAAACAUUUUUUAAAUACCAUAAAAAGAUUUAUUAAAGAUGUCUUCUGUCUCCUACUAAUUUACAUGAUUUUUUUUUUCUGUUAGAGACAAUAUAACGAGGGCCUGGUGUUGGCCUCUUAGAAGGUGCAUUAAGUCUUGUCAUGUCUUAUUUCACACACCAUUUCAAAAUUAUUUUUAAUACUAAAUGUGCUGUGAGGUAGGAUGGUUAAAAAGUGGAAACAAGCUGUAUGUGCCAGAUGAUACCAGUGUUAGCAAGUUGGAAGAGGAUAUUGCAACAAAAUCACAAAAUCAAUUUAAAGUUGCUGAGCAAGCAUUAUUUCAUUCAAUCCUGUUUUUCUUUUAAACCACAGGUAUUUUUGAAAUGCACCCCACCAGCAUUAAGCACAUUUACAUGGUCGAUGCGGGUCUCACCUUUAACUCGCCAUAUCCUUUGGUCUUGCGGCCACAGCGCCAGGUGGACAUAAUCCUAUCAUUUGACUUCAGUGCAAGAGAAUCAGAUAACUCCCCUCCCUUUAAGGUGAGUUGCUGAUUAUGAUCAUUAUCGUAUUUUACAUUCCACCAAAAAAAAUAUAUUCCACUUUGAACCAAAGUUUUUUUUCCUUGGAAGAUGCACAUAACACAAUGGAUCCUUAGUUUUGCAGGGCCAUUUAUGAAGAUUAUUUUGUUCCUAAUGGUGGGUCUGCUUGCAUUACUAAAAGUUUUAUACUUUUUCCAUGAUAAAAUGUUUGUUUUAAGUCAUUAUUUCAUGCAAAAUUUACCUGCUUCACAGAAUAUUCAACUGAAAUUUUUAAAUGCUGUUUCAGGAACUUCUGUUGGCAGAGAAAUGGGCCCGACUGAAUCGGCUGCCCUUCCCACCGAUUGACACAACUGUGUUUGAGAGAGAGGGAAUGAAAGAACUGUACAUCUUCCGCCAUCCGACAGACCCCCACUGUCCCAUUGUGUUUCACUUUGUGCUGGUCAACAAGCUGUUCAAGUUAUACAAGGCUCCAGGUGUGUUUAUAUUUCUAUUCCAUUAGCUUUCAACCUUCUUUAUCUUACGACUAACUUAAACUAAUUGUAAAUGGGUUUCAUUAACUAAUUACAAAUUAGUUUCUUUAACUACCAUUAUUAUGAUUUAGUUUCAUUAAUUUGAAUAAAAUGUAUGCAAUAACAUAUUUUAAAUUUUAGGGGUGCCCAGGCAGACAAAGGAAGAAUUUGAUUUUGCUGAAUUUGAUGUGUUUGAUGACCCCAAUGCCCCAUAUUCCACAUUCAACUUCACGUACUCACAUGACAGUUUUGACAAGCUGAGUCAACUCAUGGAGUUCAACACACUUCUGCACAUUGAAGAUAUUAAAAAUGUAAGAGAUGGCUACUGGUUUUUAAAUACUAGGUCACUGAAAUGAAUAGGAGUCACUUCAGAACGUCUAAAAUCCUGGAUUCAAGAACACUAGUAAACUAAAAUAAAGAUAAAAAAAAAAAAUUAUUUCAAUGCUAAGGUUGCAAAAAUACCCAAGUCUUUUUUAAUGAAAUCUGAUAUAGGUAUUGGUAUGUUUAAUCACAGAAUACCAUGUAGCUAUGAUAGAUUUACACAUGAUGUGAUUUAAGUUUUUUAAACAGUUUUCAUGUCUUAUUUUUUUACAAUGCCGACUUUCAGGCUAUCCGCGAUGUCGUUAGGAUAAAGCGUGAGUGUCCACCCAGAGUUCCCAUCCAAUCGAAAGAUAUAAAGCUAUUGCGCAUGAAGAGCGUCCAAGAAAUGCGGAAACUGAAGCGCUUCAUAAGUAAAAUGGAGAGCCGCAGCUCUGUGUAUUCAUCCAGCACCCCGCCAACUCCAUUCUUCACACCGACUCCCAGCAGUGCCACCACAAAAAAUCCUUUCUUUUCAGGAUUACCGAGGCAGAUCUCAGAAGGUUCUGCUGAUGAGGCAAUGCUUUUUUCCUCUUCCAGGAAUCCUUUGUCAUCAAAAAACCGUAACUCCUGCCCAUCCACAGGCGUUGAUGGGGUGGAUUGUGUGUUUAUUCCUAAUAAAGUUUCCUGCUCCUCUGCCUCAAGCGAGGAGUGUGUCUUUGGUACUCCGCCACCUUUUCCUGCAUGUCAUCAAAAGUCGGCUUCAUCCCAAUUAUCAUGUCAGAAUCCUGUGUCUCAUGACUCUCACAAUCCACAAAGUUUUGACAGGCCUUUCAACAUUUUCAAAAGCAGCUCUGAAAACUCAAUAGAGGUUCCAAUGUCAAUUCCAGCUCAAAGUCCAAAUAGGAAGAUUUCCAUUCCAAAUGCCAAGCUGCAGAAUGUCAACAGUGUAGGUUUCAAAACCCCAGAAUCCUACAGUUCAGGAAUAAGCUCAGCUGGAUAUAGUCCACAGUUCGAACCAACCAGUCAGAGUCGAUCAAAGAAAGACCAGCCGCCUAACCCAUUUUUUGUCAAUGCCCACUUUAUGCGAUCCGCAUACAACUGGUCUUCAUCGUCUUCAUCAUCAUCAUCAUCAUCCUCCCCGCAUCAUGCAUCAGCUGAGAUUGAAAGUGAGAGAAAGCUCAGAGGGAGACCUCACCAACAUUCCUCUCCAAUUCCUUCAUGCUCACAGGAUAGAAUUUCUCCAAGGGAUCCCAGCUCCAGGAUCAAAAUGCCUAAAGUUAGCCCCCUGGCCCGCUCAGAAAACUCUGCUGCUGCUCCAGAUCUGGUCUCCACUCAGACGUCUGUCAAUGAGUUCACCCUGGCGCCUGAGGCGUUUAAGUCGGACGGCACGCCAGUGACCAACUCCAAGGAGGCUAAAAUGUAUUACGAAAGCGCCAAGGCAAAAAGGAAGCUGCUCCGUCGUCAGAGCACCAUCAGUUCGAUAAACAGUAUCUCGCUAGAUGAGACCUGGCCCCUGACGGACCAAGACUGCCCCUCAGAGUUUGAGCCCUUUUCCCAUUCAGGAUCCAAUGACACUGGUCUAGGUGCAGACAUGAACUCCUUCUGUAGCGAGGAGGCAGAGAACAUCACCCGGGGCCAUGAGAGUGUGCCGUUUGAUAUCAAGGACCUCUCCCAGUUCAAUGGCGUGGAGGAGGUUGAAAUGGUACCAGAAAAUCAAGAACAGAGUUGGCAACUGUCAAAUAAAGCCAAGCGACUCAGUUCGGUCGCCGACACCUGGCAUGAUGCAAGAGACUCCUUGGAUGAUGACCCACGAUGAAAGUUGUGUUUGUGACUUAUCUGUGAGUUAAAUCAAAUGUGUAAAUAGGUGUAACAUGUUUGUGACAUGAAGUAACAUUGAGAAACCCAAAAAGGGGAAGAUUUAACCAAGCUCUACACUCUUCAUCUUAAUUUGUGAAUGAUUUAGUUGUGUCCACAUCUGACAUGCUGCUCCACCACAUCUGGCAUGGUGCUCCACCACAUCGGACAUGCUGCUCCACCACAUCUGACAUGCUGCUCCACCACAUCUCACAUGUUCCUCCACCACAUCAGACACGCUGCUCCAUUGCAUCUGACAUGCUGCGUCACCAAAUCUGACUUGCUGUUUCACCACAUCUGACAUGCUGCGUCACUCAAUCUGACUUGCUGUUUCACCACAUCUGACAUGCUGCUCCACCUCAUCUGACUUGCUGCUUCACCACAUCUGACAUGCUGCAUCAUCCCUCCUAUGGUUGUAGAUGUGUUACACUGAGAGCCCCUUAUACAAAUAAAAUAUGGUCUGCCAACUCAUGGAUCCUAGCCUGUUCUGCCAUCUAAAUUAUUUUAGCAUGGAAAUACAUUUAUAGAGAUUUAUGUUUAAUGUAACAGAUGUGCAUUAAGUUUUUUUUCUGUCCUAGAAUCUCAGGAUAAAACGAACAUUGAGAAAUUGUUUACUUGAAUAGACAACCUGUUGAUGAAAUCAGAACUUAUUUCCUUAACAAAUGGGGAAAAAAAAAGAACUUUAUCUGUGAUAACAUAAUAAUAGGCCUACCUGGUGUUCGGUCUUUACAUAGUUGAAGUUGUUAUGAAUGUAACAUAUGUAUUAUUAUCAGUGGGAAUUAUUUGUUUUUGAGGAGAAUGACAAAAGGGACUUAACCAAGCUACUAGUUAAUUUGUUUCCCUGUUCAUUUUUUAUUACAAUCUUGUACCUAAAUCGAAAUGAAAUCCAUUUCUUUUCUUUUUUUUUUUUUAAAGAAUUAAAAUUAAUUGCCUUCUGUAUUUUAUUAAUAUUUCAUUAUCUUUAUUAUGUUAAUAAAUUCCUAUAUUAAUAAUUGUUCAAACAUGAUCUUCUUUGCAUCAAUGAUUCUCAAGUUAUGCAAAUA